CCAAUUACGUAAUUAAAUAAUCGGCAUGACACGCAGUGUAUAUUUUUUUUAAAUUCAAAUAUUGUUUACUUUUUUUGUGAUAACCAUUUUUCUUUCCCAAGAAAAAAAAAAUUGAUAUUUUAUAGACCGUUUUCUUUAUUCUAUCUUAAUGAGCAGUAAUAUGACACAAGAACAUCUAAUUAAAAACUUAGGAGAUGAGAUUAAAGUAAAAACCGGAAGAUUUAUAAAUCACGCGGAACAAUGCUUUCAUAAAUAUCAAGCUUUUGCAAAAGACUAUCCUUUUAUUGGGCUUUUCAUUGCAAUAUUUUUCAUUUUUGCAAUUUUACCCGUAUUAUGUUUCGUUGUAUUCUCAUUAUUCACCACUUUUGUAACAUUAGGUGGUGCAAUUGGUAUUGGAUUAUUCUUAUGGCUUUUAUUCCUUAGUAUUUAUGGAUUCUUUCUUUUAAUUUCACUUGUUUGUAUUUUCUUUAUUACUUGCACUGUGUUUUUUUGGAUUGCUCUUGCAGCAUUAAUUGGUAGAAUAAUAUUUAAAUAUAUUGAUGAACAUAAUCAAACAAGUGAGAGUUUUGAUAAUCAUGAAACUGUGAAUGCGAUCAAACCUUAAUAUGAUAAAAAACAUUUUAGAAAAUUUUUUUAUUGUUAUUAUAAAUAUAAACACACACACAUAUGUAUAUUUUAUUUAUUUACUUGUACAUAUAAUUAUUCCUUGAUUAAAUAAAGUAAUAUUAAAAUAUUAAAAUUGCAA